GACGCGCAAGUCGCAGCGCCUAAAAAUAGGCAACAGUAACGGAAAGGAAAACCAAACAAAUUUAUUAAUAAUUUUUGCGCAGUUAGUUAAAUUUUUGGUUGAAUUAUGUCGAACAUUUGAAUUGAUUACACACAGACAGAGAGAUGACGGGCUAUCAGGAUAUCACGGCAUUGGAGAAAUCGGUGGCCAAUGCUGGCAGCCAAUUGUAUACAAUGGCCCACAAGCUGCAUGCAGUGGAACGUAGCCUGGACCAGACCACAAUGGAGCAAAUGGAUGAAAUGGAGGUUAUGGAGUUAUUGGAAUCUAUGACCGAAGUGACAAAUGAGUAUCAAAAUCUGCGCAAGGAUAUACAGGAGGUGCAGCAAUUGCAGCGUGACGUCAGCACAUCCAUACGAUUUCAAAUGCGAAGCAUGCAGCAAACUUUUCAGAUGCUCAAGAAGCGACUUGCCACAUCCCAGGAGCAGCAAAAGAAACGCCGAAGAAACGAACUGAUGACACCCCAAGAGCAUUAGCAGAUGUUGGAUAUGGGUAUGGGUAUAAGAAACCAAGAAGUGGGUAGUGUAAUGGUAAUGGUGGCACCGCCUACUCAAUUUAUGAAUAUUCCAUGAUAUUUUUAUUCGUUUUUUUAUUGAUUGGUCAGGCCUGUAAUACAUAUUCAACCUAGUUAAGUAACCCAAAUCCCAGAUAGGACUCGAACUGCAAAUGGAAAUAUCAAGAAAAUCGUAAGCAAUCAAAUGUGUACUGUAACUAACAACUACUUUAAAAACUUAUAUCAAAUAGAAUGACACCAAACUAUUCAUUUUUUAUACUCUGAAACACUUUUACAUAUGUAGUAUGUAAAAGUAAACCAAAAAUACUUUAUUGCAAGCAAAAUGCAAACCAAAACGUCUGAUUACCAUUUGAAUGAAAAAAAACUGCAAUUUUCCAAACGAAA